UCUUGUGGGGUACCCGGGUCGUCAUCCCCACUAAGGGUCGGGAACAGAUCUUAGAUGAGAUACGUGACAUCCUGGAAUCGUAAGAAUGAAAGCCAUCGCGCGUGGAAUAGUCUGGUGGCCGAAAAUAGACUCUGAACUGGAACGGAAGGUGAAGUAUGAUGCUCCGUUUGUCAGCAAUAUCAGCGCCUUCCACCGCGAUCUCCCGUACAUCCAUGGGAGUAUCCGAGUGCUCCAUGGGAGAGAAUUCACAUCGAUUUUGCCGGUCCGUUCGAAGGAAAAAUCCUCCUGAUAAUCGUUGACGCGUACAUGGAUAGAUGUCAUCGGCGACAUCAUUGGCAACAAUCGAUCGCCUCAGACAGACUUUCGCGAUACAUGGACUACCUCGUGUGGUAGUUUCCGACAAUGGAAGUUCCUUCACGAGUUCGGAAUUCCAAGAUUUCAUGUCGCAAAAUGGAAUCAAACAUAAUGAAAAGUUCACCUUACCACCCCGCUACAAACGGACUAGCGGAAAGAGCGGUACAGACGGUGAAAUCUGGUCUCAAGAAAGUCACAGGAGGUAAACUCGAAACUCGCUUAUCGCGCUUCCUCCUGGCCUAUCGGACGACAGAGCACUCCACCACUGGAAUGCCGCCAGCCGCCAUGCUCAUGAACAGACAGUUGAGAACCAGACUGGAUACCGUAUAUCCAGACGUCAAAAAGAAAGUUGACGAAAAGCUGAGAAAUCCGGCCGCGCUAAACCGCGGACCUCAGACUUACCGAGAAUUCCAGACUGGUGAGCUGGUUUUCGCCCGAAAUUUUGGCGUCGGAAACACUUGGAUACCGGGAACGGUUACGGAAAAACGCGGUCCGGUGUCCUACGAAAUCGAACUCGAGGACCGCGGUGGAAAAUGGCGACGUCAUGUCGACCAUUUAAGAAAUCGAUAUCAGCAAAAGGAUGAAUCUUCCGCGUCGCGUCCGAAUUCCGAUGACGAGUUCCUUUUUCCUGAGGAGGGUGAAGGAAAUGACCGUCAGGAUCAUCAACAUCGCGAUGACCACCAGGAUCGCGAGCACUUCGACAAUGAUCACAAUCACAGGGAUCGCAAUGAACAUCAAGAUCGCGAUCAACAACCUGAAAGGAGUAAAUACCCACAACGUGAGGGACGACGCCCUCCCGAUUUUUACGGGUUCCCAUAAAGACUCUUAAAAGGAAGGACCCUUAAAUAAAUGGAACUUAAAUUCCAAUCUAAAUAGAAUAGUUCACAAACGAAGGAACGUAACAUUCUGGACUCAUGAACGUUUUCGGAUAUCAACAUGUUACUUUUUAUUUGGACUCACAAGUUUCCCAGCAAUGAUACAGUUAAUUUACGAUAACACACAAUUGUUUCAUGGAAUGUAUUUUCAGUCUAAGGGGGGAGGGAUGUUUUGUAUUGGCGCAUCUGCGCAUGCGCACAAUCAGACAGUAACUUGAUUAAACUACUUGAACACACU